CUGGAAUUCUAGAGAUUCGGGUCUUUAUAAAACAGCCCUGUGUGAACGCUCAUCAUCAUCACGGCCUUUUACAAAGAAAAUUACAGAUCUGAUAUGAGUUUUGAGAGAGAGAGGAGUGCAGCCCUGACAAUGUGCAGUGUGCUGAACGACAUACGGUUGGAGGAGGAGCUAUGCGACGCGGUCCUCAGAGUGGACGAGGUGGAAUUCAACGUCCACAAGACCGUCCUCUGUGCGCACAGCCCAUAUUUCAGAACCCUGUUCAUGACAGGGAGCAGCUCAGAUCAGAAGGUGUACACCAUGACGAAUGUAUCUCCAGACAUUAUGGCGAUUAUAAUCCAUUACAUCUACACCCAGGAGAUUCGAGUCACCACUGAUAACGUGCAGGCUGUGUUGGUCAUGGCCGAUUACCUGCUCAUGCGAGACCUUGUUCGUGACUGCUACGACUUCCUGAACGCACAUCUCAGCCCGGAAAAUCGCUUCAGGAUUUGGCAGGACGCCGACGUUCACUUGUACAGGGAGCUGUAGGAUCAGGCCUACACCUACACGUUGCACAUCACGUCCUGGACAUGAAUAUCGUUGAGCUGCUGUGUGAUAUCCGGGCUUCCCGACGUACACCGUCCUGUAUGAUGACCUUCUCUAGACGUGGAGCUUUUAAAAACGCUAUUAAACUACAUCCCAUUGGCAGAACCUCUGUCUCCGGCUGUUUAUUUCAAACGAGUUUAUUCGUAGAACCGUUCCGGAGAGGUGAGGGGGUGAUAAAACAUCUGAGGCUGUUAAAAAUCAUUUCAAAAUCAAUGAUCGUUUGAACUAUGACUCACAAAAAAAAAAAAACCCACAACACUUUAUUACAAAGGUUAUCUUUUUAUUGCAGUCCACAUCUUGAUUUUAGCCCCAUACCCAUAGCAAAGUGAACAGUGGCAUGUUUUUUUUCUCCAGUGGAUGUGACCCGGGACCGAGAACUUGAAAAGCACAACGUCUCCUUUUUCUGCAUCAAAAAAAUCUUUACAUGUUCUAAAAUUUUUUCUAAUCUUCCCCAAAAAAAGAGUGAACUUUUUUCAGUUCAUUAGGGCAAGCCAUGUUGAAAGCUCAUACAUGUUGUGUUGUAAGUACAAAGUAUUUUAAAUCAAGAGGGUGGGUGUGGUCUUCUUCUUCUAUAAAAUUAUGGUGUAUAUACCACCACCUACUGGAUGUAGCAUUUUAAUUUCUUUUGUUCUGAUUGGUCAGGGGGUAUCUUCUCUGUGGGUGUGUGUGUAUGUAUGUCUGUGUGUGGGAACACAACAGAUUAAAACAAACCUUUAUUAUAUAAACCAUUAUCCAUUUUUAACAACUGUUAAGAAAAUGAGGGUUGGUGAUGACCUAUAUCUGUUAAGAUAAUGACGGUUGCUAAUAACCUUUAAUGACAUAAGUGUAGACCAUAUGUAAUAUUAUCUUUGGAGUGAUUCUCUCAACAUAAUAUGAUUGCUUGAUCUAAGUGCAGACCAUAAAUGCAGAAUGUAUGUAACAUUAUCUUUGAUAUACAACUCUCAACAUAAUUAGGUUUCAUGAUGAGGACCGUUAACGACAACUGUUAAGAAAAUGACGGUUGGUGAUGACCUUUGACCUGUCAACAUAAUUAUAUUUGAUGAUGACCUUUGACCUAGACCUGUCACAUCCAAUUAUCCAAUUAGUGAUAUACGAAAUAUACAAAGUAUCUCUCCCUAUUUAGGACGGAUGCAAGUGCAGAUAAACGCUUUUAAUAAAGAGAGAGAGGCAGACAAUCCAAAUCAUAAGACAAUAGCAUGG